AAACUCCUCCAUGUGCGUCGGAUCAGUUCCUGUGUGGAAAUGGCCGCUGUAUUGGCCAGCGUAAGGUUUGUAAUGACGUCAAGGACUGUGAAGAUGGGACUGAUGAGCAUCCACACCAGGACUGUCGCUCCAAGUCAAGUGAAGAAAACUGUAAUGUUAACAACGGAGGCUGCUCACAGAAAUGCCAGAUGUCUCGAGGUCUGGUGCAGUGCACUUGUCACACCGGCUACACAUUAACACAGGACGGGAAGACAUGCAGAGAUGUUGAUGAGUGUGCAGAUGAAGGUUAUUGUAGUCAAGGCUGUACCAACAUAGAAGGAGGAUUUCACUGCUGGUGUGUGCAAGGUUACGAGCUUCGACCUGACAAACGCAGCUGCAAAGCUUUAGGUCCAGAACCAGUUUUGUUGUUUGCGAAUCGGAUUGAUAUCCGCCAGGUUCUGCCGCACCGCUCAGAAUACACAUUAUUACUGAACAAUCUGGAAAAUGCCAUUGCAUUGGACUUUCAUCAUAGCAACGAGCUGGUGUUCUG